AUGGAAGUUCACACGUGUUUCGCCAUUUUGAUAUUAACUACAAUUCUAUUUAAUGAAGUGCAAUUGCUAAACAUUUUAGGAGUAUUCCCUUUUGAAGGAAAGAGUCACUCAUUCGUAUUUAAUCCUUAUAUGCUCGAAUUAGCGAAACGUGGACACAAUGUGACAGUUAUUUCUCAUUUUCCUCAAAAAAUGCCAGUUCAAAAUUAUCAUGACAUCAGUUUAGCAGGUAAAAGUAAAGUGUUAAUGGAUGUUUUUUCAUUGCAUCGAUCUUAUUGGAGUAUAAUUGGAAUCAGUUUAUUCUUGGUGAAAUCUGGAACUGAUAACUGCAAAUUAGUAAUGGCGGAUGAAAAUGUACAACUCUUAUGGAAAAACCAAGCGAAGUUUGAUCUUGUGGUAGUGGAGCAAUUUAACAGUGACUGUUACUUAGGAUUGGCUCACAAAUUGAAAGCACCAGUUAUUGGAAUAACAUCCCACAAAAUUAUGCCUUGGCAUAUGAGCAGAUUCGGUAUUGUAUAUAAUCCUUCACACACAGCAUUUUCAUUUUUGGAAGGAGGAACCAAACCCACAUUGUACCAAAGAUUUGAAAGAGUUAUUUUUCAUAAUUACUUUAACAUUUUGUAUAAAUAUUUCUGUCAGAAAAUCGAUGAAAAAACAUUAGCACAAUAUUUUGAUGAUAUACCGCCGUUGGAGGAUUUAGCUCGAGAUAUUAAAUUAAUGUUAGUAUAUCAGAAUUUCGCAAUGAUGGGUUCUCAUAUAUUUCCAUCAAAUGUCAUAGAAAUUGGAGGACUUCACGUAGAUAAACCGCAAGCGUUGCCUGAGGAUUUAAGAAAGUUUAUUAAGGAAUCGGACCAAGGCGUAAUUUAUAUCAGCUUUGGGUCUAUGUUAAAAGCAACGACAAUGCCAACAGAUAAACUUAAGGCUAUUAUUGAUGCUCUUUCCGAAUUACCGCAAAGAGUUAUAUGGAAAUGGGAAGAUAAAACCCCUCUUGGCGGUGCAAAAAAUAUUUACUUGUCCAAAUGGAUGCCGCAAAAUGACAUACUGGCUCAUCCUAAUGUGAUUGCUUUCUUUUCUCACUGUGGAUUAUUGAGUACUACAGAAGCUAUACAUCAUGGUGUACCAAUGGUAGCAAUGCCAAUAUUCGGAGAUCAACCAGCGAAUGCUGCCGCUGUAGAGGAAAGUGGUCUUGGACAGCAAAUUCAAAUUAAUGAGCUUACUAAAGAUAAACUUUUGGCAAAAUUGAGAAUGGUAUUGGAUCCCAAAUUCAGAGAAAACGUAAAACAUCUUUCUAAGAUAUGGCAUGACCGACCUAUGUCGGCUAUGGACACUGCUAUCUUCUGGACUGAAUUCGCGGCACGCAAUAGAAACCUGACUCUCAGAGCUGCUGCUGCCAAUGUGCCUUAUUAUCAAUACUGGUGUCUUGAUGUACUAAUUGUAUUCAUUGUGCUAAUACUUGUUUUUGUUCUUUUUACCAAAUAUCUUGUAUCCUUGUUUAAAAAAAUUAACAAAAAAGAAGCGUUAAAGAUAUUAGGAGUGUUUCCACAUUUAGGAAAAAGUCACUUCUUUGUGUUUCAACCAUAUCUACUUGAACUGGCGAACCGAGGCCACGAGGUGACAGUCAUAUCACAUUUUCCACAAAAGUUACCAAUUAAUAAUUACAAGGAUAUAAACUUGGCAGGCGAAAUUAACGUAUUUGAAGAUUCUUUUCCGAUUGAGAGAUCGUACUGGACUAUAAUCCAAAUUACUUUAAUGGCUGUCCAUUAUGGAAGAACUGACUGUAAAACUAUGCUGUCGAAUGAAAAUGUACAAAAUUUAUGGAAAACAAAUACGAAAUUUGAUCUAGUAGUGACUGAGCAAUUCAACAGUGAUUGUUCGUUGGGAUUGGCGUACAAGUUAAAAACUCCCGUAGUUGGAAUAACGUCACACAAAAUAAUGCCUUGGCAUAUGAGUAGAUUCGGUAUUGGGUAUAAUCCAUCAUACAUACCGUUCAUGUUCUUAGAAGGAGGUACUAAGCCUACAUUGUACCAGAGAGUUGAAAGAACAAUUUUCUAUUACUACUCAAAGAUACUUUAUAAAUUCUUCAGCCAGAGAAUGGAUGAAAGCACGUUAGCGCAAUAUUUCGACGAUAUGCCACCGUUGGAAGAACUAGGGCGGGAUGUUAAAUUGUUGCUAGUGUACCAAAACUUCGCCAUGAUGAGUUCCGAAAUGUUCCCAACGAAUAUCAUUGAAAUCGGAGGACUUCAUGUUGCUAAACCUAAACCUUUACCAGAAGAUAUAAGAAAGUUUAUAGAGGAUUCUGAAAAUGGCGUUAUUUACAUUAGUUUUGGAUCACUUUUAAGAGCUACUUCGACACCAAAUGAAAAAAUUGAAGCUAUUAUUGGAGCAUUAUCUCAGUUGCCACAAAGAGUCAUAUGGAAAUGGGAAGAAAAUGACUUACCGGACGCUAAUUCAAAAAAUAUUUUCUUUUCAAAAUGGCUACCACAAAACGAUAUACUGGGUCACUCUAACGUACUAGCAUUUUAUUCCCAUUGUGGUUUACUGGGAACUACUGAGGCCAUACAUCACGGUGUACCUAUGGUCGGAAUGCCAAUUUUCGGAGACCAGCCUGUAAACGCAGCAGCCAUUGAAGAAAGCGGACUUGGAGUACAGAUAGAAUUCAAUGAAUUAACUGCAGAAACCCUAUUAGAAAAAUUCAGGAUAGUGCUCGACCCUAAAUUCAGAGAAAACGUAAAAGAACUAUCCAAGGUGUGGCACGACCGCCCCUUGUCUCCAAUGGACACAGCAAUCUUCUGGACAGAAUAUGCAGCGCGCAAUGGAAACUUCACUUUUAGGGCAGCUUCAGCAAAUGUACCUUUUUAUCAAUACUUAUGUCUUGACAUAAUAGGCGUAGUCAUCGGCAUCCUUAUUGUAUCAAUAUAUUUUGUGAAAUUAAAUUUUUGUCUUCCAUUUUCAAUCACGGCCUUGGCAACAAUGAAGGUUAUUUUUAUAGCCUUAGCGUUCCUACUAAUUGUUCAAAUAUUUACAACUAGUGCAUACAAUAUUUUGGCUAUAUUUCCAUAUCAAGGAAAAAGUCAUUUUAUAGUUUUCAAAACUUAUUUACAAGAAUUAGCAAGAAGAGGUCACAAUGUAACUGUUAUUUCAUACUUUCCGGAAACGCAGCCUCUCAGUAAUUAUCAUGACAUAAACCUGGAUCAGAAUAUCGAAGCGAUUGAAAAUAGCAUGCCAGUUGUAGAUAGAUCAUAUCUUUAUUUAUUCGGGAUAAGUUACUUCCUCACAAAUAUGGGUGUAUUGAACUGUGAAACAAUGUUAGCGAACGAACAAGUGCAGAGAUUGAUUAAAGAAAAAGCGAAGUUUGAUGUGGCUGUGUUAGAACAAUUUAAUAGUGAUUGCGGACUGGGAAUAGCGUAUAAGUUAAACGUUCCAGUUGUAGGAGUAACCAGUCAUGUAUUAAUGCCUUGGCACUACCAAAGAUUCGGAAUUCCAUUCAAUCCGUCCUACGUUCCAUUUCACUUCACGGAAGGGGGAACGAGGACUUCUUUGCUUCAGCGAGUAGAAGUUGCAUUUUUCGACCUUUGGUUCAGACUAAUAUACAAAUUCUAUGCACAAAGAAAUAAUCAAAUUGCACUUUCUAAGUAUUUUGAUGACAUCCCACCCUUAGAAGACUUGGCACGUGAGAUUAAAUAUCUACUCCUAGGACAUCAUUUUGUCCUUACUGGGUCAAGAUUAUUCCCAUCGAACGUAAUUGAAGUAGGUGGUUAUCAUGUACCUAAGGCGAAACCAUUGCCUCAAGACUUGAAAAGAUUUGUAGAAGAAGCUGAGCAUGGUGUCAUUUAUAUUAAUUUUGGCUCCGUGGUAAAAAGUUCGUCAAUGACUGAAGAACAAAUCAAAGUUAUUACAAGCGCUAUGGCUGAGCUGCCCCAAAGAUUUAUUUGGAAAUGGGAAAGUAAUGCUGUAUUAGCGCAUAAAAACAAACUUUAUGUAUCGAAAUGGUUACCCCAAGUAGAUAUUUUAGCACAUCCGAAAACUCUUGCCUUUUAUUCGCAUGCUGGAAUGGGAGGAACAACAGAGGCUCUUCAUUACGGAGUACCGAUGGUGGCUAUGCCAAUACUUGGUGACCAACCAUCCAACGGUGCGUCAAUAGAGGAAAGUGGUCUAGGAGUUCAACUGCAUGUUAGAGAUCUCACUAAAGAAAAUUUGCUGGCAGCCUUCAGAAGAGUAUUAGAUCCUAAAUUUCAUAAAAAUGUUAAAGAUUUAUCGAGAGCCUGGCACGACAGGCCCAUGUCUCCCUUAGACACAGCUGUCUACUGGACUGAAUACGCCGCCCGUAACUCCAAGUUCACCUUCAGGACUGCUGCCGCUGAUGUUCCUCUAUAUCAAUACCUCAAUUUAGAUAUCGCAUUCGUAUUUUUAAUAGUUUUUGCAGUAUUAAUAGUUAAGGUUACAUUAAUAAGAUCAAUUUGCUGUAGCAAGAAGAAGAGUGUUGUUGAAAAGAAAAAAGCUAAGCGAAAUUAAAAAGAUAGAGUACUUCGGAACCGUUUUAAUUUUUAAAUUAAU